AUGGAAAGUAUUGAAGAGCAUAAUGAGCGGGAGCGGUUGAAGAUGAGACUAGCCGUGUUGGAGGAGAGCGUGCGGUCCAGCGAGGUGGAGUCCAAGGGAAGCCAGGAGACGGUCCUGAGGCUGGCGGCCGAGCUGGAUCGGGAGAGGAGGAAGGCCGCCAGCAGCUCGGUGGCGGCGGAUGCCCUCAAAGUGGAGCUGGAUGGACUCAAGUUGGGGCAAAGCGGCCUGGAAGUGGAGAUGCGGACACUGAUGGAGAGAUUGGAAGCCAGGAAGAGAGUGGCAGAGGCGUCCCGGCGGGAAUCGCUGUGUUUGGAGAAGCAGGUGGAGGAGCUCGAGAGGAACCUGCAGAUGAGUCAAAGAGAGACUCGGGAAGCAAAGGACAAACUUCUCAAGGUCUUCACCAAGGUGGCCUCCUUGAUCCACGGAGAUGCAGAAGUCACGGUCCAGACUGAAGACAAGGUAGACCAACUCUGCAGCAAGGCGGUGUCCGAGGUGGAGGCUCGACUACGUGACGUGUCAGAGGAGCUAAUUGAGGAGAGGAAGCAACGUCAGAACGUCCUACAGCGAGCCGAGCUAGCCGAGCAGCGAGGUUCAGAACUGAGACAGCGUCUUCAACAAACGGAGGCGGAGCUUUAUGCGGCGGACGUUCAUCAACACGGCCUGCGACUGAGCCGUCAUCACCACGAGGAGUUCCUGGACAGGCUGUCGGAGGCCGUGAAGGUGGACGCCAUGAUGGCGGACGUGGGCGCGGACAUGAGGCUGCCGCUUAUUAUGUCCCGGGUGGAGCAGCUGGUCAGGGGCGAAGGCGAUGCGCUGAUGGCGAGCAAGAGUCUGACCUUUAACCUGCAGCGUAAGUCCACAAUUAAUUCCAAGGAGACGCCUCUCCGUGGACUCCUGCGUCACUCGAUCUGCUACACGCAGAGAUAA